UAGUCGACGAGCGACGAGCUGAGCCAAGGAUAGAGCGAGAAGAGAAACAAAAAGGGGUGCCACAAAGAGAUCAUGUCGUACUAUUUCUGCAUCGUGGGUACACGGGACAAUCCCUUGUACCAGGCGGACCUUGCCUCGAAGCCGGCAGGGUCGUCUGGCCCUGCCUCUUUCUUCUCUUCUUCUUCUUCUUCCUCCUCCUCUUCCUCGACGUCCGGCAGUGCUGGCGCAGGCGCGAACCAAGUCAGCGCUGGCGGGAGCGGUGGAAAUGGGUCAGAUCGGAGGAGCGUCGACAGCGUUGCAUCUGCAGGACCAGGCGCGGGCGCAGGAACAGGCGGAUCAGCAGGCGGAGGCACCUCGACGACGGGCGGCGUAUUUGGAUUCGGUAAUGCGCUCGGCGCCCUCGCUGGCGGGCUCGGUAGCGGCUCCUCGGCAAGGACUGGUCCAUUCGGAGGUCAAGCCUCAGGCGGCGGGGGCGCUUCAGCGCCAGGAAGCGGCGGCGAGGGAAAGGGACUCGGAUUCGGGCGCUACAAUGACAAGCACGUCUUGCAGAUGAUUGCACACAGCUCGCUCGACGUCGUCGAAGACAAGCAAUUUGUCAAUGGGGCAAUGUAUCUUAAGGCCGUCGAUCGGAUCAACGAGUGGACCACCUCGGCCUUCUUGGCUCCCGGAAACAUCAAGCUCCUCAUUCUCCACGAGCACAAGCACGACGACGGCAUCCGCAAUUUCUUCUACGACGUCUGGGAACUCGUCGUCAAGACAAUGAUGAAUCCCUUCCACGACGCAAACGCGCCCAUCGACUCGCCGACGUUUGAUGCAAAGGUCAGGGCAAGCGCGAGAAAGCACCUGUAGAGUAGGGAAAAGGCCUACGACACCCGUGUACAAAGAUACCAGAGACUAUUCAUCAGAGCGAAAGGGCAUGCCCUCGAGAGAGGGGAGAGCAAACGAGCAAGAUUUCCACAGAGAGAAGAGCAUUGUUCAUUGUGUGGGAAAAGAGCAAACUCCAACAGACAGCUCAGAUCAAUGCGAAUACACCCAGACCAAUGCAGAAAGCCGCGACGACGAGUGGCAAGGCCGCGGCCGGCGUUCGGGACUGUAUAGCUCCCCCAAAGAUGGCCCCGGUAGAUUGAUC